AAAUUGGAGAAGUUCAGCUCAAUUUGGAAAAGCUGACAUAGCUUAGUCAUUCGCCAAAGCAAAAAUACACACGAAAUAAUAACCGAAAAUAACUCGCACAUCCGCUUGCAUUUCAUUGGCAAUAGGCCAAAUGCUGCUAAUGAAGAGUAAUGCGGUAGAUGGUUUGCAUUGUGUUUUAAUUUUACUAUCAACUGCUUAAUCUUGACAGGGAAUAGGAUGGAAAGCAGAAGUCGAGUCGACAAAUAAGACCACACAACUUCUUCUUUUAAGCAUUCGGUCAUGGCAUAUACGGAGGCGGAGGUGGAUGUCAACUACGCAUCGGUGGUCUUCAAAAGUGACAAACAAUUGCAGUUCAGAGGUAAAGCAGAUGAAGAAAGUUUGUACAGCAACAUCAAAUUGGAAAAGGACGACCACGCGUUUGUCACCGACGAUGCUUCGCUGAGUCUGGCGGCGGCAGGGGUAGCUGACGGACGUCGCCAUUAUUGGCAACAUCUGGCUUAUUGCGCUGCACUAUGUGGCGCUCUGUUCCUCGGCGUCAUGGCCGUCAUCCUGUAUCACAGAAGAGUCUCACACUUGCUGUCGGAAAAUCAGAACCUGACGGCUCAGGUGUUGGCGCUGGAGAGCAAAAACAGGAAUAUGCAAGCCAAGUUGAACGUCAGUCGGGCUCAGUGGACCAUCGACAACUACUGUACUGUAACUACCGAAUACGGUCGGUGCUGCGAAGCCUGUGAAACCGGUUGGAAACAUUUUGCGCCCCACUGCUAUCUCUUCAACGACACAGACCGGAAAACCUGGGACGCGGCCCGUAAGGAAUGCGUCGGGAAGAAUUCUCAACUGGCAUUGGUGGAGAAUGAAAGAGAUAAGGAAUUCAUCCAGGAGAACUGCAGGAAAAGCAACAGCACUUUGGGCUACUGGCUUGGCCUGAAAAUGGUGAGCAGACAAUGGAAGUGGCUCGACUCCACCGCAGCGAACAAAACACAGAUAUCCUGGAUACCAGAUACAGAUUCGAUCCGUGAAGGCUGGUGCGCCAUCUCUGUGGCCGAACAUCACAACAGCAAACCGAAGGCUGUCAAAUGCAGAGACAGACAUUGGUGGAUCUGCAAGAAGAUGGCGUUAGUUCUUUAAAACACGUGUCAAACAGCCUGCCUCACCAGAGCCUUUAAAAGACUGAAUGCUUAACUAAUUGUUGUCAUUUUUCUCGGGAAUCUCUUGUUGACUUGUGAUAUGGUGACCCUGGAUCCAGUUUGCCGCCUCGCCUGGAUCUCUCUGUACUGUAUGAUUGCUGCCGACUUGGAAUAAAUUGUU